AUGACCUAUCUGUUGAGAAGCGGCUUGGUUCGAAAUUUCGGUGGCAUUUGCGACAGACGAUUGUUUGCACAUUCAUAUCUUGGCACAAAGAAAUUGAUUGGAAACUAUAUGGAUGAAGUGAUUAAUCAAUUAGAAUAUAUCCAUUCAACACGGGACUAUAGCGCCCAAGCCAAGGCUAAGUUUUUUAGUGAUGCUCGUCAAAGUUUUGGAUGUUCAGCUCUAGUGUUACAAGGCGGGACAGCGUUGGCUUUAUACCAUAUUGGUGUAGUCAAAGCAUUAAAUGAGCAAGGACUACUGCCCCGUAUUAUCAGUGGCACUGCCAUCGGAGCAAUGAUUGCUGCUUUGAUUUGCAUUCAUACAGAUGAGGAAUUACCAAAUAUCCUAAAACCAGACGGUAUUAACUUAAGCGCCUUCUCAAACAAGAGCAAAACUGGCCACUUCAAGAGACGCAUUACACGUUUCUUGAAAUAUGGAUACUUGAUGGAUAUGAAAGUAUUACAAGACUGUGUUAGAGCAAAUGUGGGUGAUUUGACAUUUGAGGAAGCCUACCAGAGGACGAAACGGGUGUUAAACAUUAGCGUCCACUCGAGCAGAACACAAGAAGUUCCGCAAAAUUUGAAUUAUUUGACCGCACCAAGCGUAUUGAUAUGGAGUGCUGCUUGCUGUUCAACUGCUUCAGUAGGUUUAUACGGAAGCUACCACUUAAUGGCUAAAGAUAAAGACGGAAAUAUAGUAAAAUGGAUCUCAACAGGCGUUCGAUGGACACAUUGGUCAGAAACAUCUCUUUCUGAAAGUGAAGCACCUUUAUACAGACUUUCAGAGCUUUUCAAUGUAAACCAUUUCAUUGUAUCCCAGGCUAGCAUAUAUGCAAUACCAUUCAUUAUGAAGACACAUAGCUUACAACAUGAAACAUUGCUGAACAGGGUUGUCUAUAUCCUUGCUUCUGAAUUGAAACAUCGUCUUUACCAGCUACAUCAAUUUCAUAUUCUGCCUCGUAUUUUUGGAGGCUUAAUUGAACAGAAAAUGUCUGGCAAUGUGAACAUAGUACCAGAACUAGCUUUAUCCGAUUUCAAUAUAUUGUUCUCUAACCCUUCCUAUAAAUCACUGGCUUAUUGGAUUUUUCAUGGUGAAAGAUCAGUAUGGCCAUUAGUGGCUUUUAUUAAAGCAAGAUGUAUGAUAGAAUUGGCAUUGGAUAAGGCCGUGCUUGAUCUGCAGUCAAAGAAUAUUGUAAAAGAACCUGUCAUAGUAGACGAACGGGUUGCAGAAGGCAAGAAGAGAGCCAAGUCAAUGCAUUGACUUCAAACGGUAUGCUUCAAAUCUUUCUCCCCAAAUCCUAAGUCUAUUCAGGAAUAGUCUGCAUGUUGCUCGACUCUUUAAAUCGUCUAUG